ACUUAAACUGCAUAAAACGGAAGCAAAUGGUUGACAUAAUGUAUAUAUUUCGUGCCAAAGUCUAGCUAUAUGAAGCGUAUUUCAUAUUUUAUUAAUGUUUUUAAAAUUGCGACAAUUUCAGCUAUACGAACAAUAAUUUCAGUAACACAUAUUUGUAAAAUAUUGAAAUUUUUGCAAUGCCUGGAUCUUGAUUCCUCAAUAUCAGUCAAGUUAUGAAAGGAAUUAGUUAGGAAUUAGAAAGGGGGUAUUCGAUAAAUAGAUGUAACAUAGGCACUGACCGAAAAGAGGAACGAUUUACAGAUUUUUAUUUAUUUCGAAGGCAACGAAUACGUCUCAAGCAAGAAGCGUGGUAUAUAAUAAAAUUGUAUCUGAAAAAUGAUUCAAGGGAAAUCCAGAAAUCAUUCAUAGUACUACUGACUUCAAUUUCACUACUAAUACUAAUCGCACACAGAGAGAGAAUACACUUUUGAUUAACCUGCAAGAAUGUCGGAAGAGCAGGAAGAGUGGGAAGGGGAAGUUGAAGACAAUGCGGCCCCUCCUCCACCUCCCCCUCCUGGUGACGAUGAGGACGGGGAGAUUGCGGAUGACGAGGAUGGCGAGGAUGCGGUGGCCGCCUCAGAAUCCGAGUUUGAUGACGACAACGAUUUCUACAAUAACUACGGGACUGGAGGUGGGGGCAAGUCUAAGGAGGAGGAAGACGACGAGGAGGGAGAAGAUUUUGACCUCAGUGCCCUGGAAUUAAGUGAUAGCAACGAGGACCAAAGUACAAGGAGACAAAGUUUACAAAAGAGUCGAAGACUUCUCUCAUCAGACGCAGAGUCAUCGCCUGAAUCUGAAGGAGAGGAUCAAGAUCGUCCAGAAUCCCCAGAAAUACCAGCAGAGUAUUGGCAAGUUCAAAGGCUUAUUAAAUACGUAAAAGCUGGUAAUCCAACUGCUACCAUUAUCGCUAUGUCAUCUUUGCGAGAUUUCAAUCUUCGAGAGAACUAUGUACAAAUGGCCAUAAAAGAGGGCGGGGGGUUGGAAGUACUGCUCAAUAUUCUUGAGACGGACGAGAAUCGAUGUAAAAUUGCUGCAUUAUUGGUUCUCAGAGAAAUUUCUUCCAAUCCAGACAUCAGUAGAGCAAUUUAUAACAUGAAGGGACUAGAGACAUUGAUUAAUACGCUACGUGAUCCAGCUAAGGAACUGAAACUCUUGUCCGCUGAAACUAUUGCAAACAUUUCAAAGAUUCGAAAGGCCCGUCGCGCAAUGAGAAAGGGGGAUGGGAUAAGUCGCUUGGUGGACAUGCUUGAUAUUGAGCAGCCCAGCAUGUUUACAGGAGUGUCGGAUCCAGAUGAGACAGACUUUGAGGUGCCACGUUGCGGUGCCCUUGCCCUUUGGUCACUCGCUCGUUCGACAAAGAACAAGGACGCCAUUCGAAAAGCGGGUGCGAUCCCCUUGUUGGCUCGACUCUUACAGACACGUCAUGUCACCGUUGUCAUCCCAGUGGUUGGAAUUUUGCAUGAAUGUGCUUCCGAGGCCAGUUUCCGGUUAGCCAUACGAACUGAAGGAUUGUUGGACCAUUUUGUAGAUGGAUUGCGAAACCCAAAUCACGACCUGGUUCAAUUUUGUGCAUCUGCCAUUUACAUGUGUGCCGAGGACCCUGACUCGAGACAGAUAAUUUAUGAGAAGGGUGCCAUUGAUCCUCUGAUUAUGAUCAUUCUUGACGAACAACUUCGUAAAAACAAACCACUACUAGCUGCAGCAACUGGUGCUAUUUGGAAGUGCGCAGCAUCCUUGUCCCAACGUUAUUUGGAACAAGGCUUAGUGGAACUGCUUGUAUCAUUGCUAGAAGAUGAACCCGAAAACGUGCUUACAAAUGUGGCUGGAGCAAUGGAACAGAUUGUCAAGACAGAUCCAAAAAAUGCUCAAAUAAUUAAGAAUGCGAAUGCAAUUGCGCCCUUAAUCGGCCUACUGACAAUAAAUAACCCGGCACUGUUGGUGAAUGCUACGAAAGCUGUUGGCGUUUUGGCAAUUGAUCCCGACUCGAGGGCAGAAAUGGACCAGUACGAUGGCUUCCGCCUGGUUUGGUCUCUCUUAAAGCACCCAAAUUCAAUGGUACAGGCCAGUGCGGCCUGGGCGAUUCGCCCUUACGUGCAAAGUACAAAGGACUCUGGUGACACAGUUCGAAAUUUCGUUGGGGGCCUCGAAGCACUGGUUAAUCUGCUCAAGUCCAAUGAAAUAAAUGUACAAGCUGCAGUGUCCCAAGCCGUCGCAAUGAUUGCAAAGAACAAUGAAAACUUGGCCAUUAUGAGUGACCACGGGGUUGUCCAGUAUUUGGCUCGACUUGCCCCAACAACGGAUGACAUGUUGAGACAAUCCUUGGCAUCUGCAAUCGCUGAAUGUUGCAAGUACAAACACAACGCGUCUGAAUUUGGUCGUCGGAAGGCCGUGAGUCCGCUGUGCAGUUAUCUCACGUCGGAGGAUCCACUCGUCCAUCGAGCCGCAGCCCAGGCGCUGUCCGAACUCUCGGUGGACCAUCGCAACUGCAUCACGAUGCAUCAGUGUGGGGUGGUCCCUUACCUCAUCAACAUGAUCGGAUCGCUGGACGGGGAACUCCAAAAGGCUGCGGCCGGCGUGAUGUUCAACAUCCGGCAGCUUGCUCUCUCGGUGGAGAAAGUGAGACUCCGGUGAUCACGAUCCUCACCUGUCUUCCGCAUUUCUAUGUUGUGUGAAAUAUCGAUGCAAAUAUCUCAAUCAAUUUUUGUACAAAUAUAACCACAUUAUGUACGCAAUUAUGCCGUAAGUAUGCAAUUGGGAAAAAUACAAUCUGAUAAAUCUGAUUUGAUAAAUCUCAUGCUUGAAAUGAUUUCAAGUGAUGCAGUCAGAAUCAGAGUCAAUUAUUAUACUGUUGAACAGUUCGAUCCAUAAAAAACGAAUGCGACAAUAUUCGAUGAACCUUGCGUCAGAUUAAUUCAUGCCAAACCUCGAAAACACUUCAGCUUUGUCACAUCCAUGAAACACGAUUCGAAUUAAAUGCCAAAGAAAUUAUUCUCUUGCCAAAUUAAUUAACACGCGGAACAUUUUUUGCGCCAUUUAAAUUCGCAGGUAAUAAUCAUAAGAUGAAUUAAUCUCAAACAUUUACAUAAUUAAUUAAUUUUUAGAUAAAUUAUACUCAACAAUAAAAUUUGAUAAAAAAA